AUGGUGGAAAGCCGAUCCAUGAACAAAUGUGUUAUUCUUUUCGCUUGCAUAGCCUGCCAUGCAAUUCUUUCGGCUGAAGGAAGGCAGUUAAAGUACAAGGAGAAAGAAGAAACAGCAAAGCAAGGCAGCCAAAGCAUCAGUUUGCAACAGAAUGCUGCAGGUCUCAAAGAAGUUUUACAGUCAACAAAACCUAGUGUUGACAUUUCUAGUGCUGAAAACACUGUGAGUAUGACAGGGGAAAAGGAAAUAUUCCCACCCAUGAGUUUUGGUGCUUCUGCAACAGUACACCAAGAUGAUUUUCGACCUACAACACCAGGUAACAGUCCUGGUGUUGGCCAUAAACAUACGAAAGAGGAAGAAGAUGUUGAAUCCAAAGUCGAAGGAGAUCAUAGCCUUAAUGGUGGACAUUCUACUACUGGAUCUAAGGAUGAUUUCCGACCCACAACACCUGGACACAGCCCUGGCGUUGGCCACCUUCUUUCAAACAAAAUAAUGAUGUUCUCUCAUGUACUUUGCAUUGAGGGAAGAAGUUUGAAAAUGAGAAAGAACAUCAAGUGUCACAAAUGCCCCUUUAGUCCUGAUGGACAGAGCAUUUCGAGAGAUAGUAAAAAACAUGUUGCAAGUUCAAUGCAGCAUGCUAUUAAAACUAUGGAAGGAAAUAUUGACGCUUUUCGCCCCACAACCCCGGGUCAUAGUCCUGGAGUGGGCCAUUCCAAUGUUGAUGAUUUUCGACCCACGACACCAGGUCACAGUCCAGGUGUUGGGCACUCCAUCAACAAUUGAAAUUGCUCGUUGUCUUUUAUUCGAUCAAUUCAACUAGCAGAGCCUCUUAUCUGGGAUUCAUUGGAUUAGCUUUAAUGCAAAGUUUACUUGAAACAGUACCCUUUCUGUCUUGAUUAUUGUAAUUACUCAUUUCUUGCACCAUGUAAGUCGGAAAUAAUA